AAGACAAGCUCCGCCUAUUCGUUCCAUGUCAGAAGAUAUAGGAAGAAGCCUAGCUUCGCUGUUCAGAAACAUACAGCAUCAAAUCAUCAUACGUAUUUGCCUUGACUGGUGACGUUUGCUACAUUUUACAUUCAAUUGAUUGAAUGGCAACGACGGAUACUGUACAGUCGAACCAAUAUUUGAAACCAACCUGUGCUGCUUCAUGCAACUGUAAAGGAUAUCGCGAUGUAAGGGAAGCCAACACACAAACCGACACCAAAGUACAAGAUCAUGGACCCAGGCUGUCCAAGUUUAACCUCUUCACCCUGCUGAGUUUAUGGAUGGAACUUUUCCCCAAGGAGGAACCAGAAGACAUAAACCAGAAUGACUUUACGCGGGGUACAGGCCUGGUGGUGGUUCGGGACCAGAGGGUGGUGGGUCUCCACUGCUCCGGUCCAGAGCUCCACGUGGGGCAGGUAGCUGUGAUCAGACACGGGCCCAGGCUGGCUGCCUCAGACCUCUACUUCUCUAGGAGACCCUGCGCUACCUGCCUCAAGAUGCUUAUCAAUGCUGGGGUGAGCCGCAUCUCCUUCUGGCCUGGUGACCCUGAGAUGAGUCUGCUAGCGGUCAGGCCUAAUGGGACGGACUCCAUUUCCCAGGAGGCCAUGUGGGACGCAAUUGCGUCCGAGAAGCUGAAGUCCAACAGCCGGCCCCACAUUAGUGUGGUGGUGCAGCCCGUGGCCCCUGGCCUGCAGCAGUUUGUGGAGGAGACCUCCAGGGGGUGUGACUUCAUGGAGAGGGUGUCGGGGGACGACCCCGAAUUGGACGCUGGGGACUUCUACAGGAAGCAGAGGAGACGGAACCUGGACACUUUCUCCGAAGAGUUCCUAAUCCCACACGAACAGUGCCACCGUGACAUUCUCACCAAAAUAGGUCUGGAGAACUUCUCCACGGAGCCGUACUUCUCCAACCUGCGUCAGAACAUGAGGGAGCUGGUCGGGGUUCUGGCCUCAGUAGCUGCUAGUGUGCCUCUUCUCCAGCAUGGAUUCUACAAGAAGGACUCCCAGCCUGCAACCUCAGAGCAGCCCCAGCCUCAGGGGGUGUCCCAGGAGAUUGCCAGACACUGCAUCGUACAGGCCAGACUGUUGGCCUACAGAACAGAGGACCCUAAGGUUGGGGUUGGUGCUGUCAUUUGGGCAGAAGGGAAAUCAGGUGGUUGUGAUGGCACGGGGCGGCUGUACCUGGUGGGUUGUGGGUACAACGCCUACCCAGUGGGCUCAGAGUACGGACAGUACCCCCAGAUGGACACCAAACAGCAGGACCGCCAGAGGAGGAAGUACCGCUACAUCAUCCACGCUGAGCAGAACGCACUCACCUUCAGGAGUGAAGAGAUCCGUGAGGAGGAGAACACCAUGCUGUUUGUGACUAAGUGUCCGUGUGAUGAGUGUGUCCCUCUGAUCCGAGGAGCUGGGAUCAAGCAGAUCUACACCACUGACCUGGACAGCGGCAAAGACAAGGGAGACAUCUCCUACCUCAGAUUCCACGGCCUCCAAGGAGUCCUGAAGUUAAUUUGGCAGAAGUCCUCUCUAGCCAGGAGAGACGCUGAACAUGCUGGUCUUCAUCUAGCCAAUGGAUGUGUGGGGAAGCAUGGGAGACAGCCUGAACAGGCCCUUCAAUCCAACAAGAGGUUACGGUCGGCAACAAAUCCAGACCUUUCUCCUGUUUGUUGAACAAUGGUACCUGUAGCUUUCAGUCUGGUUUCACCAGGCUAUGGUCCCCAGGCUCUUGUUGGCAUUGGAAACGUUUAAUUUAUCCAAUCGCAUAUUGAUCAGUGAUUCAAGUAAGGAAGGAUGCAUUUUAACUUCUUGGCGCACCCAUCCCGUUAGCGGGAUCAUUUUCGUCAACAUCCGCUCAAUUGCAGAGCGCCAAAUUCAAAUUAAAUUACAAAAAAUAUAAAAUGUUCAUGAAAUCACAAGUGCAAUAUAGCAAAACACAGCUUAGCUUGUUGUUAAUCCACCUGGCAUGUCAGAUUUCAAAAAGCUUUACGGCAAAAGCUAUCCAAGCGUUUAUGUUAGGACAUCUCUCUCUCAGCAGAAAAAACAUUACAAACAGCUAGCAGCAAAGUAGAUUGGUCACAAAAGUCAAAAAACAAUAAAAUGAAUCACUUACCUUUGAUCUUCGGAUGUUUGCACUCAGGAAACUCCAAGUUACACAAUAAAUGUUCCAAUAAAGAUUAUUUUUAUAUCCAAAAUACCUCCAUUUGGUUGGCGCGUUUUGUUCAGAAAUCCACAGGCUCGAGCGGUCACGAUGGGGCAGACGAAAAUUCCAAAUAGUAUCUGUAAAGUUUGUAGAAACAUGUCAAACGUUUUUUUUAAUCAAGCCUUGUUUUUACAAUAAAUAAUCAAUAUUUCAACCGGAUCAUAGCUUUUUCAAUAGGAGAGAGAGAAAGUCUGCUCCAAGCUGCUCCAAGAUGUGAUCCUUCUCGAUACUUUUUCAGAAUAAAAGCCUGAAACUAUGUAUAAAGACUGUUCACACCAUGUGGAAGCCAUAGGGAAAGGAAUCUGGUUGAUAUCUCUUUAAAUGGAGGGAAGGCAUGCAAUGGAACUGGGAGAUUUGUUUCUCUUCGGCACUUCCUUGUUGGAUUUUCCUCAGGUUUUCGCCUGCAAUAUCAGUUCUGUUAUACUCAGACAAUAUUUAGACAGUUUUGGAAACUUGAGUGUUUAUCCUAAUCUGACAAUUAUAUGCAUAUUCUGGGCCUGAGAAAUAGGCAGUUUCAUUUGGGUACGUUUUUCAUCCAAACAUCAAAAUACUGCCCCCUACACUCAACAGGUUAACAUUGUUGGAAAUUCAAAGGCCUCUUCAUACUCCCCUGUAAUGGACAGUUUCAAGGAGUGACUGUAUAUUCAAAGGAAAUGGUACUAGGUAGAUUUUUUUUUAAUUGCAAAGCUUGUAUGUAUAAGUGAACUGUAAAUGCGUGUUUCCUAAUUGUUUGUCUGAAGAGUUUACAAUGAAAGUUGUAUGAAGGCUAUUGUUGAUUGUAGCUUUAAGUUUACUAUAGUUCUUCCAGACUUGAAGAAUAUAAGUCACAUUCCAGCCAGUGCAGGCUACCACCACUAUAUUGCACUUUGCCUCAAAGGAUACUAACUCCUAGACCCCUGCAACUGUGCUUUGUCUGUUUCUUUGUUACAUGGUUGGCUCCUACAUCCUUGAAUUGUUUCAUCCUGUUUUGCCAAACUGCUUUUAACUGAUAACAAUAAGCAUCUAACAACAAAAAAUAUAUAUAAAAUGACAAACCAGGAAAACAAUGUAUGCAUUUAUUUUAUUGGUGUUGUGGUACAGUAGUAUCAAUGGGAUUAAAAAUAAUAAUAAUUCCAUGGUUGAAAAGGGUCAAUAUUACUUUAGUACAGUAUGUUAAUAAGUAAACCUGUUUUGGCUCAGGUAUAAGUUCCUACUGAUACAGCCUGAAUCUAAGUCUCUUGUUUAUCAUUUUAAUCCAACAUCAGUUUGCCAUUCAAAACCCUGUUUAUACCUGGUGUUAAUGUGGGUCCUGUGUCUUGAUCUUGUCCAUAUUCUGAUUAUGACCAUUUCUAGACCUGUGUAGAAUAUUACAAUUAUUGAUGGUGAUUCUUCCUGACUACCUCCAGAGGCCAUCGAGGACUAAUUGUAUCUUUAUUUUACAAGUGUAAACAGAUCUGGAUUGUCAAACCAUUAAUAGUCCUUCAUUGAUUCAAGGGAUCUUAACAUUGGGAAUCUCAUAAUUUGAAUACAGGGAGGGACUAGGGUUCAAAAUAUACCUUUUGAGAAAGGUCAUUGGCAUGGCAAGACUUGAACCUGUGACCUUGUGGUCCUAGCCCACAGCACCAGCAGGGAGGGCACCAUUAUUGUUUUUGUACAUUUUAUAAAGCUGUUCAUUCCUUUUGUCAUUUUAGAAUGUCAGAUAACAUUUAAGUAGGUUGGAAAACAAAAGCUGCAUUGGGAUGCAAGCCGUUUAACACCCUCCCACAAGCAGUCCACCUCCCUGAAACACUUGUCUUUACUUGUAAACUCCACCCACUGACAUGUUACUAAGCUCUGCCCACGGAACUUUCAUCGAACCAAUCAAUUUGUCCCCGGCUACCUCGAGGUGGUCAGGAAGAUCUGUUCACAUGUUAGCACCAGAUAUAGAACAGGGCUAGAAUGACUGAGUUUCACCAAAACGACAAGGGCAUUGAGGACACUAUCCCUUGUGUGUCAAGUCCAAUCUAGAAAUGUUUUUUUAAAAAUGUAAAAGUAUUUGGCAAUUUAAAGAACAAUCACUUGUCCCAUGGCAUGGUGCCCAUCACAUUUAUUAUUCAAUAUUACAUUGAAGAGCCAUAUUAGUUCAUAUUUUCAAUUUAGAUGUGAUCGUAACUUAAGCUCAACCACCACAAUUAAAAUAUGCAUUGGCUCAAUUUGUCUGAGGUUAUUUAAUUUAGAGUUCCCCCAAAACAAGCUACAUG